CACGGAGGGAAACAAAUUUCGACUUGUAACCUCGAAUUGAGGUCUGGCGAACGAUAAUAUACGAUAUUCUAAUAAGUGUGAAACAUUUUGCCAUAUCAAGCGUCAAAUAUUUCAACGUUUCGCCCUUACAGUGUUUCUACGAAUACAGAAACUGUGAUAUCCAAAGAGAAGUAGAAAUUAUGCUUAAUAUGGACAAAUUCUUAAAAUUAUUAUUCACAUACAAAUUCUACAAAUUAUUAAGAUGAGUGAAGCAUAGUUCUGCAUUCGUUUUCGAAGAAUCAUCUUUCACGCUACAAAUUUUUGGUAAUUUGGGAAUUUCUGAGAAAUCGAUGACGAUCGAUAACCAAGAUGGCUACUGCUAAACCGACCACUUGCAAGGAGGCAAUUCGCCGAUGGGAAGAAGAGAAUGGACAAGAAGCUUCCACUGCAACGGAAGUUAUCCUGAGCUUUCAAUGGCCUCCCAUAGAGAAGAUGGACAAUGCUUUGGCAACCUUGGCGAACUGCGAGAAGCUUUCACUGUCGACAAACAUGAUCGAGAAAAUUGCAGGAAUCGGUAGCUUGAAGAACCUAAGAAUCCUCUCGUUAGGCCGCAACUUAAUUAAGGGGUUCACCGGCCUGGAGGCGUUGGCAGACACUCUGGAAGAGCUUUGGAUAUCUUACAAUCUUAUCGAGAAAAUGAAAGGAAUCAACACGAUGAGAAAUCUUCGUGUACUGUACAUGUCGAACAAUUUGGUGAGGGAGUGGAACGAAUUCAACAAGCUUCAGGAGCUAGCGAAUCUUCAGGACCUCGUUUUCGUUGGAAACCCACUGUACGAUAGCCUCGAAGUGGACCAGUGGAGGUCAGAGGUGGCCAGACGCUUACCAACGUUGGAGAAAUUGGAUGGUGAACCGAUCAUACGAGCGGAAGAAUGUUCAACCGCGAACCAAUCACAAAAACUUGAUAGCCCUUCCCAACCCGAGACUGCCUAAAACAAUGUUGCAGACCAUUUAUGAACGCUUUUGAUAGGUUUCCUCUUUUUGACACUUUUACCUUCGUUGUUUUAUUAUUUUAUAUUGUAUUAUUUUAUAUUUUAUGUACACCACAAACAACUUCUUAGACCUUUAUACAAGAAAACGUCCCACGUCCGUGGAGUAGCUAGAAAUAAGGAUAUGUAUUUUUAUUAGCUACAGGAACUCAAGCUUAAGGGAUGAAAUUACCCUUUAAUAUAAUGUAGUCUUUUAGACCCUUAUUGCUCAGGGGUUUAUAAUUUUUCAUGAAAAAAUAACAUGGUACACGUGCCAAUGAAGAAUUUCAUAAAGUAUUGUGUUAUACUAUCUACUUAGUAGAAUGUAUUUGUCAGUAUUAUGUAUUAUUAACGUAGAGAAGAAAAAUUAUUGCCUGAUCGGAAGGGAUAGAAUCUGAGGAAAUAGAGAUGGACAAAAUUUGUACGCAAGUAAUAGACCACGAAUAAAAUCAAUCCAUAACAAUAUAUUCGUUACUUUCAUUUGAUCGAACAGUUUUUCUAUUUGUUCAUGGUGAAAUAACUCGUUUUAUAAUUCGAACUUUUAUCAAUUUUAAUUCAACAAGUAACGAAUAGAAUGUCGAAUAUCUUUCGUAUUAUUCUCAAAAGGUGUUUAAAAAAAAUACGUUUGAUAAAUAUCCUUGUUCGAUUAUUACCAAAGAAUGUACACCUUCUUCACAUUCAUUCUCGAUACAUACGAGAGCAACAAAAGAAACACCAAACUUCCAUUUUUAUCCAUUAUUCCAUCUUGCUAUUUAAAUACAAAUUUUGCCCAUUUUCGUAAAAAAACAGCCAACGACCGGGGUUACAUUUAUAUUAAUUUAUUCGUCUCACGAUACAAGACAGAUCGUACAUACGUUCUGGUGAUUGUAAAAGGUUGAAAAAGCAAAUAGAGUUCGAUUGGAUUCGAUGCACGAGAUAUAUCGAGGAUCGGACAGACGACUUUUCGAGAGAUCAUCGUUUCUUCUCUUUUUUAGUUUUUUUUUCAUUUUUCGUAGAUUUUUGCAUUAAUUCUGUGUACGUGUGAGUGUGGUUCUUUCUUUUUUUUUUAUCGAAGGCGCGUGCGUUAUAAAGGUGUGUUGCUGAUGUUCGUACUUGUACCAUACGUAUACGUAGACGCGCGUGAUACCGUGCAUUAGAAAAAUUGACAAGUGUGCGUUUCCUUUUUUUUUUAAAUCAUUUUACUAUCCAGUCAGUUCUUUGUUCCGAUGCAUUUUUUUGAUUAAAUUCCUUUGUUUUCUAUUUAGGUACAUUGGUCGCCAAUUUCGAUCGCUUACCGAUCCAAUUUUUUCCACUCUCUCGCCAGAUUUGGACCACAUACAUUCUCCGUGUGUGUUUAGUUCCCUUUUUUUUCACGAAUAAUUUCAUUGAAGCAAUUUCCUCGAAGAUCCUUCGUCCGAUUUCGUCGAAUCGAUUGUUAGCACGAUUCACCGAUGAAAUUUCCAAGCGAAGAGGCCGUUUCAUCGUCGUGCCGAAGAGAUCGGAAAAGCUCUAGAAAGAUUCAGAUUGUACGAGCAAAUCAAACACGAAUCUUCGCAGUAGAGACACAAGGGGACACCAUUUUUUUUUUUUUUGCCACUUGGUAUUUAGUAGUUACAACUUCUUAUUCAUUAUUUUUUAUUUUUUUUUAGCGUUUUUCUUUUAUCAUCUUUUUAUUCCUUAAAUCGCUUCUUAGCGUAUCCUUACGUAUACAUGCAACGGGCACAAAUCAUUUGUUAAUUUAUGAAUUCCAUAUACAGUAACAAAAUUAACUCAAUGAAGUUAUUCAUCGAAACUUUGCCAUUCUUCAAAUGCGCACAAUUCUGUAAAUUUUUAUUGUUUAGAGACAAUUUUUUGUUUGAUUUUACAGGUAAUUAUUUGUACUUUGUAGACUUCUAUUAAAUACAUACUUCCAGCGUUUCUCAUAAAAUUCAUGCAGUUUAUUAUUUUAUUCAUUCUCUUCUACCUAUAUUACUUUUAUCAUUGCAUUAGAUUCACGCAUAAUCCAUUGUCGCCAAUGGUGCGUUUUAAUGAAUAAUAUCUACAGUAUAAAAGUGUAAUAAGUGUCAUAAUAAAUUAUUUAAACCCACUAA